AUGUAUCUCGCAUUGCCUCGUGUACCAGCAUUCAAUCCGAAACCAUUCCUACCUAAGCUAUCCCUACGUACCGCAGAUUCAAUAGCCCUAAAGGGACAGCUUCAAAGUGUCGCAAAGCAGAUAUCCGGAGACGUCAAUUUCGGCCCGACCGGAAGAGAUGUUCAGGCCAUGAUCGUAGGUUCUUUUAAAGCUUUUGUAGGAUCCAAGGAGCUUUACGACGCCACGACGAAGCACAUUACGAACUACAUUGCCUCUGAUCAAGGAAAGGAAAUCCUGCGCGACGCUGCCACCAGCGAAGAUGUCGUCAAGGUACUCAAGGUCCCGGUUCUAAACUUGGUGAAGCCGGAAGCUUUUGAAUACGUCAAGGGCAAGCUGCAAGACUCGCCGAUCCAGAAGAAGCCUCAGUCGAAGCUGCAGUUGCAACCGGAGACGCCUACGCCUACGCCGACUUCUGGUUGGUUGGGCUUUACGCCCCUGCAGCAGAACACCCAGAACACCCAGAACACCCAAGAUUCGGCAUCGUCAUUCUUUGGACCGAGGGCACGAAAACGGGACGAAAGGGGCUCGCAAACUCAACAGGAGAAGGACAAGCGCCGCAGGAAGUGA